GAGAAUCGGCUGAUUUUUUAUGGUAUCAGCUUUUGAAAGAUGUACUUUUAGCAAUGCCAGAAACUGUUGAUUCCAAAAUUGAAAUGAUUGAUCGAUUUCGUAUAUAUUACAGUUCAAAAAACCCGACAUUUUUAACGAAAGUCGAUGAAUUUGAACAGACAUAUCAAUCAUGUGAUGCUAUUUGUUGGUAUACCAAAGAUUCAAUUGUGUAUCGCCUCGUUAAUCAAGCACUGAGAACAGAAGAUAUUGAAGCAUUACUGGCUGUACGCUAUUAUAUAUCGGAUCUUUGUACAUGUUUGAAAAAAGAAUGUGAAAAGUUAAAAGUUCAAGGCCUUGAUGUCUUGACUGUUUAUCGAGGACAAUUUUUACCUACAGAAGACAUUGAUAAAUUACAACAAAGUGUUGGACAAUUAAUAUCGGCAAAUGGUUUUCUAUCAACCACUCGCUCGCUAAUAGUUGCUGAAAUCUAUGCGGGUCCGGAACAUAGCGAAAUGCCUCACGAAGAAGAAGUUUUAUUUGAUCUUGGAACUAUAUUUCGUGUAGAAAAAGUGUAUUUCGAUAAGAGUAGUGGCUUUUGGAAAGUGAAUCUAGUUGCUGCCGAUGAAACAGAAAAUUUAACAAACAAUUUUAUGAGACAAAGACGUGAUCGUAAUUAUACUCAAGCAUUAGAUCAUUUCCAAAAAAGACUGACUAUUUAUGAAAAAUGGACGACAUAUGACGAUCGAGCUUUAGCUGAAAGUCAUUCUAGUCUUGGUCGUAUUUAUCUAGAAAUCAAACAUUAUGAACAAGCUUUUGAACAUUUGCAAAUAACAUUAGAGCUAUACAAAAAAUCUUUACCAACACAUCAUUCAGCACUUAGUAGUACCUAUCGAGAUUUGGCAAAUAUAUGUCAUUGUACUAAAAAGUAUGAUUUAGCUUUGGAAUAUUAUUUAAAAGCAGAAGAAUCAGCACCUACCUUAAAAAAAUUUACAGAUAAUUCUGUUCUUCUGUCAGCUCAUUUAUGCAGCUUAGCAGGCAAUUGCUAUUUACAUAAAAAUGAAAAUACCCUUGCCGAGCAGUAUUUUAGAACGUCUCUUGCGUUAUAUGAAAAAUGUCGCUCAUCUGUAAAAGGUGAAAACCUACUGAUUGAUAUUCAAUGGAAUAUGGGCGUUGUGUUUAGUCGAAAGCGAGAGUUUUAUUCGGCUUUGGAACAUUACAAAGAGUCACUCGUGUUAGUGGAAAGAAUAAUGCCUGAUGAACGUAUUCGAAUUGCAGAGCUGAAUGAUGGUAUCGGUGUAUGUUAUGAAAAGAUAGGCCAAUAUGAUCUUUGUAUUGAACAUGCACAAAAAUCAUUAGAAAUUUAUGAACAAUGUAUUCCACCAGAUGUCGAAAAACUGACAGAUAUGCAUAAUACAGUUGCUUGGUGUUACUGUAUGAAACACGAAUAUUUGCUUGCUAUUAAACAUCGAAAACAAUCUUUGUUCUUAGAAGAACAAAAAGUGCCAAGAAAUGUAGCACAAAUUGCUGGUUUGCACACGAGCAUCGGUUGGUCAUAUCAUUUAAAUGGAGACUACAAUUCAGCUAUUGAUUAUUGCAUAAAAUCUUUACACAUAUUCGAAAAACAUGAACUAAAUGAUCAUGUAGAAUAUGGAAAUGUUCUAAGCACAUUAGGUGUGAUAUAUUUCAAAAUGAAAGAUUUCGAGCGCGCGUUCAAAUUUUGCUCAAAAUCAAUGGAAAUAUUUAGCAUAAAUCGAAAUAUGGAAAGUGAACAUCCAGCUAUUGCUGACAAUUAUGAAACACUUGGUAAUAUCCAUUUUAUAAACAAAAAACAGACUCCUGCUUUCAAUUCCUACGUUUUAGCAUUACACUUAUUGAAGAAAAUACUGCCACUAGGACACGAGUAUAUAGCACGUCUACGAACUUCGCUUUCUCAAAUUACAGAAGUGGAGUUUUAGUUAAUCAGAAAAUGUAUGUCUUAUGAUUAUCAGUGACUGUGAACUAUAGUUACAGAUAUGGUUAUUCUGAUCACCAAUCGAGCCCCUAUUCUUUCUAAUUUUUUAAUUGUUGCUUAAAGCUUUUUUGUGAAACACGAUCUGAAAGGAGUGUUGAAGUGUUUAGGGGUAGAAAUUUGCACC